CACUGGUGACAGCUUAUGUCAACUUCUUUUUCUUGAUCCCGGUUCUAAUUAUGGCUCCACCACAGCCCAAGGCGGCGGCAAAGGCCCCCGCAGCCCCUGCGGGCGGAGUCCAGAAGGCCAAGGUUGGCAAACCGAGGAAUUAUGACUUGGGAAACGGUGUCGUUAGAUUCUCCAAGAGCAAAAUGUUCCACAAGAAGGCUAAGUACAAGUUCAUUGGCAAGAAACACCCAAAGGCACCCAAGCCUAAAAAGCCCGCAGUUGUGGUGAAGCCCAUUGGAGGUGAAAAGAAUGGAGGCACCCGUAAAGUUCUGCUCCGCAGCAGAAGGUCCUUUUACCCCACUCAGGACAAGAUUCGCACUCGCUCUCACCACAAGACCUUCAGCAAGCACAUCAGAAGGACACGCCCCAACCUCACCGUGGGUACCGUCUGCAUCCUGCUGGCAGGCAGACAUUCAGGCAAGCGUGUUGUGCUUGUUGGUAUCCUGCCCAGUGGCUUGUUGCUUGUGACUGGACCAUUCGCUUUCAACUCGUGUCCACUACGUCGUAUUCCCCAACGGUACGUGAUCGGCACCAGCACGAAGGUGGAUCUCGGUGACUUCAAGCUACCAGCACACCUUGAUGACACCUACUUCAAGAAGAAUAAGAAGAGCACCAAGCGCAGCGUAAAGCGCAAGCAGGGUGACGACAUCUUCGCAACCAAAAAAGAGAAAUACGUUCCAUCUGAACAACGCAAGUCAGACCAAAAGCUUGUGGACGAGGCAGUGAUCAAAGCCAUCGGCAAACGCACAGACAAGAAAGUGCUCAGAGGAUACUUGAAGGCAGCCUUCGGUCUCCGCUCAAGCCAGUUCCCUCACCGUCUGCGCUUUUAGUUAACUCCAAUAAAAUACUUUGACUAAAA